AUGAAGAAUUUUGGAUAUAAACAGAGUAAUUCAGAUCACAUCCUGUUUGUGAAGCGUGAUGGAAGAAGACUUACUGCAUUGAUUGUUUAUGUAGAUGAUAUAGUCGUAACUGGAAACGACACCAAAGAGCAAUUGAAGCUGCAAACGUAUUUGUCUCAGGAAUUUGAGAUGAAGGAUUUAGGUGAUCUGAAGUAUUUUCUAAGAAUUGAGGUAGUAAGGUCAAAAAUUGGUAUAUUUAUGUCUCAAAGGAAGUAUGUAAUGGAUUUACUCACUGAAACAGGAAUGCUUGGGUGUAAGCCGGCUGACACACUUAUUGAGAUAAAUCACAAGUUGUGUGAAGACAUAGACCAAGAACCAACCAAUAAAGAACAGUACCAACGCCUUGUUGGAAGGUUGAUAUACCUGACACACACAAGACCAGAUAUUGCGUAG